AUGCGAGGGCCAAAUCAACGCAUUUUUGCGUCGUCACCGAAACCAUUGGUCGUCCGUCAUAUCUAUCCUAAGAGCAGUCUCGAAUAUGAGAACGCUUCAAUUUCCUCCACAGAGACGUCUGAAACGGAACUGCAAGAAUCCUUGUGGAGUCGGCUGACCAACGAGGUGAAAUGGUUUCUCUACGACAUUGCAGAGGCAUUCGAGGCUCCUCCCUAUGAGAAGCCAAAGAAUCCGAAACCUGAAACCCAGAAACUGUCUGCAAUUGCCUUACGACGGAGAUCUCAAAUGCGAUUGCCUUAUAACUUCCUCCAUCCGCUUAUCGAAGUAGGUGCGGCCAUCUAUGAUACGCUGUUAUGGAAGAAUCCUAUGCACACUCUUCUUUUCGUUCUGGUGUACACAUACUCGAUCGUCCGUGGAUGGACGGCAUCGCUAGUCCUGUUGUUGCUCUGGACACAGCUUUCCCUGAACUACCUGAAGGCCACUAAAAAUGUCGACAUUGGACUCUAUUUUCUUCCUCGGAAGGAAGUCGCUAUGCCAAAGUUUGACAUCACUGGGGCACAGUUGAUAUUCGAUGUGGCAAGAUUUGCACAAAAAUUACUCAAUUUCGCCGCCAAUUUUCUGGAGAAGCUUCACAGUUUACUAACAUGGAAAGACCGCCAUGUCACGUUUGUGUUCUACUGUUUGGUAAUCUACUGGCUCGCUUUAUCAAUAAUAUUCAACACUGGCACAUGCCUUGGGAUGUGCGGUCUCACCCUUGGCGUUCGUAUUUUUAUCACCACAUACUUAUUCCAUCGAUUUCCUCGACUACGACGACGACUCGACACGUAUGGCUGGUUCUAUCGUAACUUGCCAGUGAAAACUACUCGUGACGGUUCUCCAGUGCUCGUUCCGGAACCGCUUCUAUCAUUGGCCUCAAGAGGGGCGUCGCCGAUUCCUCGAAAACCUCUGAACCUGAAUGGACUGUUCAACUCUCGUCUUGGUUCAAAUUUUAACUUGGACACUACCGGAUCGCAGCUAAGCCUAAAUUCGCGUCGCAACUUAUCCAUGCAGAAUCUUGUCCACAAGGGAUCUAUGCAGAAUUUGACUCAAAAUUUCAAGGGUUCGUACGAUGCCUUGAACGACCAAUCCUAUUCACAGAGCAAUGUUCAAUGGGGCUUAAGCAGUCAAGCAGACACUCUCAGUGUUGAACCAAGCAUCAGCUCUUUUUUCAACCGUCCCAACCGAUCCAGAGUUUCACCGCUAGUCACAGUGGAGCAAUCGAGUCCUAAUCCACCUGCUGAUCCAACAGAUUCAACCCCUAGAAUCGAAGAGGAUGACGAGGAAACAACGAAGAAUUCGCCGACCUCGUCCAUCUUCAGCAACGACGACGAGGAAGAGGCUCUGAUCAUCCAUGAGGAGCAAAUGAUUGACAACGUUCUCGCUUAUCGCAGCUGCGUAUUGAACGACAAAGAAAAGGUCUUUCCAAGAGGGAUUUCGUCUGGAAUCCUCUACCUCACAGAAUGCGCACUGAUUUACCGAACAAAGUCGAUGUCAGAUGACCACCCACCUUUAAUCUUACUAUUCGCCGACGUCAUAUCCAUUAAGAAGACCCGAUCCCUUCGUACUGUGGGAUUUCUUACUGGGACCAGGAAAUCACUGGAGAUCAGAAUGGAGGGACGAAGGAAGGCUUUACAGUUUAUCGGACUGGCCAAACGUGACGAUUUCUACACUCGAAUUCAGAUCCUCUGCGAAAAUUACAGGAAUAUUGAAUUCCUCUAA